AUGAUAUGCGAAGCCACAUAUUACCGAUUAAACGGAUUUAUGAAGCUGCUGGAGCGCCACAGAGUUCGACUCGUCCAUAAGAAACCUACAACCUUUGCGAAUCUUGAGGCCAAGAACUAUUUCAAGACUCCACUUUUAAACCUGAGUUCCCAAAACCAACCUCGUGAAACAACGCAGCAGAAUCUGAUCAAGAAUAUGAACAUAGCUGGAAUCGAGUUUGAAUGUGUCCACUUCAAGCACAGUGUCUCUUUCGAAGGCAGUAUCCUAGUCGGCGCAAAGUUCAAAAGGUGUCGAUUUGAUGCGAUUAUUGAUUUUACCGAUGCCGACAUCACGAAUGUUAGUUUCGACCAUUGUGUUCAUGCAACUCCCGAUCGGUUUAUGAUGGAUGGUGUGGUGGCUGAAAAGUGUAGGGUGACUUUCAACCCACCUGUAGAUCUUUCAAAGUACUCAAUUACCUACACAGCAUAUAUAGUAGAGUUUGUGGACGACGUCAUGUAG